CCGGCAUCGGCACCGGGACCGGCACCGGGACCGACACUGGGACUGACACCGGCAUCGGCACCGGGAUCGGCACCGGCAUCGGCACCGGGAGCGGGACUGGGAUCGGCACCGGGAGCGGCACCGGGACCGACACCGCGACCGGCACCGGGAGCGGGACUGGGAGCGGCACCGGGAGCGGCCGCACCAUGGGCGGGUGGCGGGAUAUGUCCGCGGAGGCGCUGGAGGACCAUUACUCUCCCAGCCGCUGGUCUCCCCGCCUGGACCGGGACACCAUCAUCGACGCGCACCUGGCGGUGACGGCGGCAGGUGCGGAGCGGGCGGCGGCGGGAGAGGGCGGGCACGGUGUACACCGGGCUCAUUCCCCGCUGUGCUGCGCAGCCUUCCCGGCUCUGGUCUACAUCCACGGCGGAUACUGGCAGUGCUUGAGUAAGGACGAUUCGGGGUUUGCAGCCCCCCCGCUGGUGUCGCAGGGGGUGGCAGUGGUGGCGGUGGGAUACGACAUAGCCCCUAAAGGCCACAUGGACGCCAUGGUGCUGCAGGUGCGCCGCAGCCUCGUCUUCCUGGUGGAGCAGUACCCCAGGAUCAGAGGCAUUUACUUGUGCGGACACUCAGCAGGGGCUCACCUGGCAGCCAUGGUGCUGUCCACAGACUGGACGGAAUUCCAAGUGGUGCCAGAUAUCAAAGGGGCGGUGCUGGUGAGCGGCGUGUAUGACCUGGAGCCCCUCCUGCACACCUACGUGAACGAUGCCCUGAACAUGAGCCGGGAGGUGGCCCAGAGGAACAGCCCCAUGAGACACGUCCCCCCAGCAGUGCCAGCAGCCUGUGAGGUGCUCGUGGCUGUGGCCCAGCAUGACUCUCCAGAGUUUCGCAGGCAGUCUCAAGAGUACAGCCAGGCCCUGCGUGCAGCAGGCUGGUCUGUCUCUCUGCUGGAUCUGGCUGCCGUGGAUCACUUUGAUGUCAUUGAGAAGCUGUCAGAGGACAGCUACAUCCUCACUCAGGUGAUUCUGAACAUGAUUUCAAGAGCAUGACGGCAUGUCAGGAGCAAACGGAUGGGGACCAUGGCCCUGUGUGCUGGCAACAGGCAUCUGGCAUCCCCUGCCUCCUCAGUCUAACACAGGGUGACCACUGUCUCAGCCCCCCACCGUGCCUCUCUGCUCAGCCCAGCCCAGCCCAGGCUGCUGCCCCUUCCCUGGGGCGCUCCUGCCCGCUGGAGUGCAGGGAUUGAGGGCUGCAAGGCUCUCUCUGGGCAGCUGGAUCACGAAGUUUGUUCCCUGAGUGUCCUUUAAACUGCACAUUGGCAAUACUCGCCCCUGGGGAGAAGCCAUACCCACCGGGGAGGAGGUCCCGCCCCCCAGGACAGGAGGGGCCUGAGGCAGCUCUCAUGUAGGGAGAGUAGUUAUAGAAGUAUCCCAAUUAAAGUUUCAUUUACUUCUAAAUAUCUUCACUGAAAUUAUUUUUGUUGUUUACUGUAUAAUGUGUGCUUUACUAA